GAGAAACGCAACCUCUUCGCUUACAAACUGGGGACGAACACGGACGUACGUUCGGGCUUAGGAGAUACAGUUGUUGCAUGUCUUGAUCUAACCGGAACGUUAAUACGAAGUCCUCUCAUUCGAAAGCACCGACGUACAUGCAUGGCGACAACGUCAGCGCGGGCAACCCCCCCGAAAUUGGUCCCCCCAAAUAGACGAAGGGAUAAACCCCAACUAUCAUGCAAUCUUUGCAGAAGGAGAAAGUUGAGAUGUGACCGAAGCGAUCCAUGCUGCAACUGCACGAAGCGUGGCUUGACGUGUACCUAUGCUUGUUUGCCUAACCGGUCAUCGAACUCCAAACAAGAAGAGAACCCCGACCGUGGGCUAUUUGACAGGAUCAGUCAACUUGAAGUUCUCGUAAAUAAGCUCCAGCGCAAGCUUGAUGCCUCUCAGGGUGCCGAAGCGGUCAAAUCACCACGAAGUCCUAGGGGUCGUGCCUCUAAUGGUAUCCAUGAUGGCACAACUCUGGGCCCAGAAUUGGCUGAUGAACAACUUACCGAUACAUUUGGAAGGAUGUGUCUCCGAGAAAAGACAUCGAAGUAUGUCAGCGAGUCUCAUUGGGGAUCGAUGCUUGACGAUCUGGGUGAGUUGGAGGAUUUAGAAUCGAACAAGGGCGACGUCGAAAUGAAAAAUGAAGAAGGACCGGAGCUUUUGUACGGCAACAACCGGGCCAGCCGACAACAGAUUCUAUCCUCUCUCCCGCAAAGAGCAAUCUGUGAUUCAAUGAUCGACACAUUUUUCAUGAAACUCGGAUUGGCAUCAGGUGUCCUACACCAACCGACAUUCGCAAAAGAGUACGCAGCUUUCUGGGACAACCCAGCCGAUACACCUAUAAUGUGGAUCGGUAUAUUGUACAGUGUGUUGUGCGUGGUAAAGAUGUUCGAGGCGUUUAUGGGUGGCGUAACCCCCGUGGGGAUUGUGGAGCCAGCCCGUACAUACGCCCUUGUCGCCAUCGGACGAAACGGGAAAGAUACGCAAUGUUACCGCCAGCGGGCAGCGCAGUGUCUUGUGAUGGGGAAAUACCUGAAGGGGGAUCCGUAUACUGUAGAAGGGCUGCUUUUAUACAGUUUGAUUGAGUAUCUCCUGUCUCCGGACUCGCCCGUUGGGGCCCAUGUUCUAUUCUCGAUUCUAGCACGUGUUGCAAUCAGAAUGGGAUACCAUCGGGAUCCGUCCCAUUUUCCUAAGAUAUCAGCAUUGCAGGGUGAAAUCCGACGAAGGGUGUGGGCAUUUGUUUGUGAAGGGGAUCUUCUGGUGUCAUUUGCGGUUGGAUUACCAAGAAGCAUCAAAGAGUCGAUCUCCGAUACGGGCCGGCCUUCAAAUUUCCUCGAUGGGGAUAUCGAUGAGUCGAUGCAUCAGCUCCCAGCCCCGCGACCUCUGACCGAGUAUACCCCGGUCCUCUUCAACAUUCAUCGUCGACAGAUUGGGCAUCUGAUGGGGGAAAUUCUCGAUUUGAUGAAUUCACCGACGCCGAAACCGUACUCGGAGAUAAUGCGCCUCGACAGUCUGCUCUGCGAGACGGUAUCGGACUUUCCCGAAUGCCUGCGAUUCAAACCCGGAGAUGAAGGCAAGGAUUGUGGGUAUGUCCACCUGUGUCGCAUGUAUCUUGAUGAGGCUUUCAACAAGGCACGUUGUAUUCUUCACCGGAAGCAUCUUGUCGCAGGCCGUACUCUUCCUCAAUAUGCAUUUUCCCGGAGCAUGUGUCUGGAAGCUGCGCUGAACAUCCUGAAGCUUCAGAUCUCGAGCGCCGAUAUGACGGUUUCAGGAGUCGCGGUGCUAGGAAUUGCACUCGAGCUUAAACGCUGGAAGCUUUACACUAUCGUCAAUCAGAACCAUCUGUUAGCAACAACGAUUCUGUGUGUGGACUUAUACCGAGAGCUCUUACAAGAUCCCGAUGUCCGCCAGCAGCCGCCAAGUUUAAAUAAUCCGACCGUGAUAGGUGUAUUGAAACACACCUAUGGACUUUUGGAGGAGUAUGGCCGCAUGUACCAGGAACCUCAAAGGGUAAUGCAGGCAUUGGGCAUGGUGUUGGAGAAGGCCGAGAAGAUGAACUCCGAUACCUAUGGGCAUUGUCCGUUAUAUAUCCCCGACAACUUCGAUACGGCAACCGCUGCUAGUGCGUCACAUUCAUCGAGUUCCGCCACGUAUGUUCCAACUCCAGCAUUGAAUAGCGUGGGGUCAGUCACUUCGGUCCAAAAUCCGACACUCGAGUCAAUGGCGACGCCAAAUAUGUUUCCUGAUCUCUGGUCUUUCGCAAACUUCCCAGUAGGGGCACCGUACGCGGUAGCAAACCAUCCAGAUCCAUUACAUUGGGUUAGUCACCGUUUCCUUUGAACUUCUGUAUUGUGUUCGGAUAAGACUGACUUUGGGUAGAGUGACUGGGGGGCGGCGGAAGACGAGCAACAACUCAAUGCUUUAUUGGAUUUAGAUAGCAAUGUCUUGGGAAAUUUGUGUUAGCGGUUCUUGGGUUUCGAAACAGUCAUUUGUAACCAUCGGUUUCACGGUGUGGUCCGAAUAGCACAGGACUCAUCUUGAUCAACUCCGAUGGAACGAUUAAAACAAGACAAAAAUACUUGAGAGUAGGGGUAGAAACUGAAAAAGGGUAUAGGAGGGAUAAUAGAGCCUGAGAGGACCUGAACUGUCAAACCGUACCUAGUCUAUAAGUCUAGUAUGAGUGCAGCCUGGAUAUGUGGGUGAGAGCUUAUCAUCAAUGUCGAGACCACUAUCUACCUCCGUUGUAUCCUAGCAGUUAGCACAAUUGAAGCGAUG